UAUGGAGUUCAGGUCACUCUCUGUAAUACUCUUGUUGGUUUCAUUCAUCCAAACUGGGCAUGCUCAAGUGCAACCAAAACCACAUCUGACUGUGCAGCCUGAUUGGCCACAGAUAUUCAGUGGAGAGAAUGUUACACUCACAUGUGAUUUGCCAGGAGAGAAAGUAACUGACUGGACGUACUGCUGGAUCAAUGAUAACACCCCACCUCAGCAUUCUGAUGAAAAGCAUUACAUCAUAAGAAACAUCAAAGUGAAUCAGAGUUCAAAAUACAAAUGUUAUGGUCAUAGAAACCAUAACCAAGGACAAUCUGACUGGAGUAAUGAAGUGACUCUCACAGUGAUAGAGAGACCAAAAGCUUCACUGAUCCUGGUGCCUACUGGACAGAUGUUUACUGGAGAGAAAGUAACUCUCAGAUGUGACAUACAAGGACACACAGACACUGAGUGGAGCUACAGCUGGUAUAAAGAUGGUGACAGUAACCAUCCAGUUCAUUCUUCUGAUAAUACAACAGAAUAUUCAUUCAGUGUUGUAGAGUCUGACAGUGGUAAAUACACCUGUAGAGGAGAGAGGAGGAGUGACUCUCAGAGAUCAGAGAUCAGUGAUGCGGUUACACUGACUGUAUCAGGUGAGUCUGUGGGUUUGUUUUGUGAUAUCAUUCUAUUAUGUAAGGUUGUUUUUGUGUCUAAGUAAAUUAACACUGUGUUUCUGUGUAACAGACAGAGCUCAGGCAGUGCUGAGAGUGUCUCCACAGAGCUGGCUGACUGAAGGAGACUCAGUGACUCUAAACUGUGA